CGUGCUUGCUUCCGGCCCGCUUCCUGUUUCCGGCGCACGGGGCUGUCGGCGCUUCCUUUCGGGUCGGCAUGAGGCGUCACGAGGCCCCGCUAGGCUCCCGCUAACCGGCUCCCUCCCUUCCUCUUCGGGCGGGCUUCCUUCGCAGCCGAGGGGCCACCGGUGGCUGGAGCCGCAGUUAUUAUAGAAUGUUCCUGGCCCGUGCUUGUCUCCAUGCUGUGGUGCUUGCCAUCAUAACCGCCUCAACAACUGUUGAGAAUAAAUGUGAUCUAGUUGGUGAGGAAGGGCAUGAAUCCACCAAGGAAAAAGCACUGCUGAAGAGAUUGGAGCCACUUGCCAACAUGAGUUUUCAAACAGAGAGUAAAAGUGGUAGUGAUACCUACACCUACACAUUCCGGGUGUGUCGAGAAGUUUCUGGUAGUAGUCCCUAUGCUGGUUUGGUGCAGGAGGAUGCAACGCAGAAAAAAGUAGCGGUGGGGCGAAUCAACGAGACCCACCUCGCCAGUGGAAGUAAGUGGAUUAUGCUGAUCUAUAAAGGGGGAGAUCGCUAUAAUAGCCGUUGUGACAAAGAGAAGAGAAAAGCCAUAAUAAUGAUCAACUGUAACCGGAAAACACUAGCAACUGGUUUCACUAUGGUCACAGAAGAGCGGGAGAAGAUAAACGAGUGUUUCUAUAUCUUUGAGCUAGAGAGCAGCUUGGCCUGUCCUCCAGAAGACUCACAUCUAAGUGUUGGUUCCAUAUUGCUCAUCAUAUUUGCAUCGCUGGUUGCAGUGUAUAUCACUGGAGGAUUUCUUUACCAGCGUCUGGUAGUGGGAGCAAAAGGCAUGGAACAGUUUCCCCAUUUUGCUUUCUGGCAAGAUCUGGGCAACCUAGUGGCAGAUGGCUGUGAUUUUGUGUGCCGGUCCAAACCACGAAAUGAACCAGCUGCAUAUCGUGGUGUUGGUGAUGAUCAGCUUGGAGAUGAGUCGGAAGAGCGAGAUGACCAUUUACUACCCAUGUGAUCUCUCUAAUUACUUUCUGUGACCAGUCCUUCGCAUCAGCAGCUGGCACUAAGCCACUUUCCCCCCUCAUCUUUCUGUCUUUUCUAGUUGCCCCUUUAAACUGCUUGCUUUCACCAAGACGGUCCCAUUUUUCCUUUCUGCUGAUGCAAAUAGGGGCAGGACUUAUGAAUGCAAAGGUGUUCUAAUGAGCUUUGGAAUAAGGGGAAUUGUCAGGGUCUUGUGUAGCAAAACAGACUUCAUUGCCUGGAAAGCCUCAGAUUUUACAUGACCUGUGGACAAUUAGAUGUCUUAAUUACAGAGAGUGGACCAGCAUAUCUGUUAUGUAAGAGAAGGAAUGGCCUGAAAUGCAGGGAAAUUAGUGCUAGCAAGCAGAUGGAAAGGUUAGAGCAGCUGGUUUUGAGAGUAUUUUCUAUAGACUUUAUUGUAAAGAACUCUGGGGUGUUCUCCCCGCCCCCCGCUAUUCGGGUGUACAUUUUCACAUCUUGCAAGUUUUCCUUGCGUUUUCUAAUUCUUCCCUGACGUGCAGUUGACGUACCAUCUGAACCUCUAUCUGCUUUUCUUAACCAAAGCCUGUAUUAAAUGUACAUUUGGGUUUUGUUUGAUCACUGGCAAAGGAACCUGCCAAUAAUAUGUAUAUUUUGAGAAAAGGUCCAGAAGUGAAUUAAAGCUGGAGAAUUAAGGCAGCCUAUAGCAAAACAGUUCCUGUGAUGCCAUUCCCUUGAAACACUUUAGUAAUGUAAUGGAUCAUUCAGCUUUAAUUGUGAACAUGAUUGUGGCCACAUGUCAAAGACUGAUCCUCAACAGGAGUAGGAUUUAACAAGACAAAGGCAGGAUGGAUAAAGACAACUGCCAAAGAAUGUGUGUUGUUUUGAAUUCAUUGCUCCAAGCCUUUGGGACUAUGAAAUAAAUACAAAGAUAGAGAUGUGAAGCACCAGAUUCCUGCCAGGAUUUUAUUUUUUUUUUUUACUUCGAAGGGACUCAAGAAACUUCCACUAUUACUAUGUGUCUCAGCUAUUACUGCUGUCUGCUCUUAAUGAGGGAUAUCAAAUCCAUCCUGUUUCUGUAUUUGCUUUGAAGGAAUGGGACAUAGUCCUGUUAAUUUUGGAGUUGGACAGGUGGAUGUAGGACAGCUACCUCAUAAAAGAGUGGAAAGCUGCAGCUCAAAACACAUCCCUUUCUGGUGAAGGUAUAGUAACUUAGUUCAAGAAAUAUUGGGAUUCCUGAAUUCACUUGAAUUUGCUAGGAACUGCAGCUCUAUGGGAGAGGAUACCUACUUCUAUUUGCUAUCCUGUUAGGAGCUGGUGGUCUUAAUGAGAAAUAUAUCUCUGGGUCAAUUUGUCCUUUUCAAAAAGAGAGUCGAAGCUUUUGAUGAGGUGAAAGAGACACAAGUUAUGCAGUCUGAUUAGUCAAGCCUCUCAAAGAAAGUGGGUCACUGCAACAGACACUUUUUCACUGUGGUGUUUAAGAGACUUUGUACAAAAACAUAGACUUUAAAAAUAAAAUGGCUUUGAAAGCCCUAAA